AUGGUGGAGGGCGCAGUGAUGGUGGAGGGCGCAGUGACGGUGGAGGGCACAGCAAUGGUGGAGGGCGUGAUGAUGGUGGAGGACGCAGCAAUGGUGGACGGUGCGGUGAUGGUGGAGGGCACGGCGACGGUGGAGGGCACGGCAACGGUGGAGGGCACGGUGACGGUGGAGGGCACGGAGACAGUGGAGGGCACGGUGAUGGUGGAGGGCAUGGUGACAGUGGAGGGCGCGGUGACGGUGGAGGGCACGGCGACAGUGGAGGGCAUGGUGAUGGUGGAGGGCGUGGUGAUGGUGGAGGGCGUGGUGAUGGUGGAGGGCACGGCAACGGUGGAGGGCGCGGUGAUGGUGGAGGGCACGGCGACGGUGGAGGGCACGGCAACGGUGGAGGGCACGGAGACAGUGGAGGGCACGGUGAUGGUGGAGGGCAUGGUGACAGUGGAGGGCACGGUGAUGGUGGAGGGCACGGCGACGGUGGAGGGCACGGCAACGGUGGAGGGCGCGGUGACGGUGGAGGACGCAGUGAUGGUGGACGGUGUGGUGAUGGUGGUGGAGUUUUGUGUGAGGGGAGAUAGAGAUGUGGCUGAUGUUGAGAGGAAGAAGGAGGGUAGUUGA